GACUGGACAAAGCAGUAAGGAGUGGUUUCUGUUUGGAGAAUCCCAAAAUCAAUGGAGUGCAUCCGCGCACACUGAAGAAAAAAACCCAAGAUUUCAAAGCGUUAAUUCACGUGGAAACAGUGCGUUAUCACGUUAAAAGUGUCAGAAGUAGUGCUGGGUUGAAGCAGGAAUGAACUGCUCCGGAAAAUAACAUCGCCUGCUGGACAGAGGAGACUGUGCCUUGUCUGAUGAUGCUGACCUGCGGUUCCAAUCUACGCUUGAAGACCAUGCUGCCCCUCCUGCUGCCCACAGUGCUGGUCGUCCAAACUCUUGCUGUCUUGGAGGUGAAUGUUCCUGAGCAGCCAGUGGUUGUGCUGCACAGCAUAGACGCCACACUCAACUGCUCCUUCAACCACAUUGACCCUUUCAACCUGUCUGAUCUGACUGUCUUCUGGCAGCUGACAGACACCAAACGCACUGUGCACGCUUACUGGAGUGGGCGUGACCAACUGCAGGACCAGGCCGAGAGCUUCUCCAACCGUACCAGCCUGUUUGUAAGCCAGCUUGUUACGGGUAACGCCUCGCUCCAGCUGAGCAAGGUAGCUGUGGCUGAUGAAGGCAGCUAUACCUGCUUUGUCAGAGUGCAGGAUCACGGCAGUGCUGCUCUUCUGCUGCAGGUGGCAGCCCCCUACUCCAAGCCUGUGGUGACUUUGGAGCCUGAUUCCAACCUACGUCCAGGUGAUGAGGUGGCUCUGACUUGCGUGGCCUAUGGUGGCUACCCCGAAGCUCAUGUGUUAUGGCAGGAUGGGAGUGGACGCAACCUGACAGACAACAUCACCACGUCUCUGGUGGCAAAUGAGGAAGGAUUAUUCAGUAUGAACAGUGUGCUGAGAGUCAUACUGGAGCCCAACAGUACUUACAGCUGCCGACUGAUCAAUCCACUGCUGGGUGAGGAGGGCUAUGCCUUUGUCUCAAUCACAGGUCAGAACAUCGCAUUCCCCCCAGUGGCUCUGUGGGUAACUGUGGGUCUGGCCGUGUGUCUGCUGGUUCUGCUCAUUGCACUGGCUGCUGUCUGCCGCAGGAAGAUCAAAGAGAGCUGCGAGGAAGCCAGAAGAGAAGCUGAAGAGGCCAAAGAGCUGGAAGAAGAGGAGUCAAAGACAGCUAUGACACUGCUGAAAAGCUAAGGGUGACAUCAUAGAGGAGUCCAGGCCAGACAGCGGAUAGAAGAUGAGUCUGGCGGGUAAUCCCGCUCCACCUAUCCAUCAACCUAGAGACUAUUUCCAGCAUCCCCUACAGAAUGUCAAAGCUUUGCUGAGCAGAAGAUGAGUCGAUCAUCUGCUUUCUAAGACUCUCCCUUGAGUUCUCGCAAAAA